GAGUCUGCUAGAUCUGGCCACCUACUACACACGGCUGUUCUAUCAUAUCUGAGUACAUAGAUAGAUGGAUGCACACCCAGUCUCCAUUAGCUCGCACUGAUCAUACUCCCAACAACUAAGCAUUUCCACAUCCACUCCUCCAAGCUCCAGCCAUGCAGGUGGUGACGGGGGCCAUGGGCGCCCUCAUCCCCAAGCUAUUCCAGCUCCUCAGCGAGGAGUACAACCUGCAGAAGGGUGUGAAGCAAGACGUCGAGUUCCUCACGAAGGAGCUUCCGAGCAUGCACGAAGCACUCCGCAAGGUGGCGGAUGUGCCGCGGCACCAGCUUGACAGGCAGGUGAAGAUCUGGGCCGACGAGGUCAGGGAGCUGUCAUACGUCAUGGAGGAUGUGGUUGACAGCUUCCUGGCAAGCGUCGAAGGCUCCGAGCCCGCCGCCAACUCGAAUAAGCUCAAGGAGCUACUGAAGAAGAUGGGGAACUUGCUCCCCAAGGGCAAGACUCGCCGUAAGAUUGCGAAGAAGAUUAAAGGCAUCAGGCUCCAAGUCAGGGAGGUGGCCGAUAGGCGUGACAGAUACGGGGUCAAUGAUGCGGUUGCUAAUCUAGCUGCAGCCCCAACUACCGUUGACCCUCGCCUGGUGGCUCUGUUCAAAAAGGAGACAGAGCUUGUUGGCAUCGAUGCGGCAAGGGACGAGAUAAUUAAGAAGCUCAUGGAUGGGGAUGGGGAUGUGCCUGAGCAACAAUUGAAGAUUCUCUCCAUUUAUGGAAUUGGAGGACUUGGCAAAACAACUGUUGCCAAAGUUGUGCAUCAGGGGCUUCAAGAAAAAUUCAUGCUCAAGGCUUUUGUUUCGGUGGGUCAGAAGCCCGAUGUGAAGAAAGUUCUCAGGGACAUUUUCCUUGAGCUUGACAAGGAAGGCUACAGGAAAUCCAAUGCACAAACGUUGGAUGAGAAGCAGCUCAUAGUAGAACUCCAAGAAUUACUUGAGAAUAAGAGGUACUUUAUUGUUAUUGAUGAUAUAUGGGACGCAGAAGCAUGGGAAAUAAUCAAUUGUGCUUUCAAGGAUAGUAACUGUGGAAGUAAAAUAAUCACAACUACCCGUAGUUUCGAAGUAGCCAGAAAGUCCGGUGAGGCUUACCAGCUAAAGCCACUUUCUCCCGGCAACUCUGAAAAAUUAUUGUAUAUGAGAUUAUAUGGUGGUAGAAGCAAAUGCCCUUUUGAUCAUCCGGUUGAGAUAUCUGAAAAGAUUAUACAGAGAUGCGGUGGUGUACCAUUAGCUAUCCUUACAAUAGCUAGUUUAUUAGAUGGUAAAGAGAAAGAGGAUUGGUCUAAGGUCUAUGACUCAAUUGGUUUUGGGCACGGAAAAAACCAAGUUGUAGACAAUACAAGAAAGAUACUGCUAUUUAGCUAUUAUGAUCUACCCUAUUACCUGAGACCUUGUUUGUUGUAUCUAAGCAUAUAUCCAGAAGACUACACAAUCAGAAAAGAAACUUUGAUCUGGAAGUGGUCAGCAGAAGGUUUUAUCAAGGAGGAACCGGGGAUAGGGCAAUAUGAGCUUGGAGAGAGAUACUUCUGUGAGCUGGUGAAUAGAAGUAUGAUACAACCCUACUGGGGCGGUUAUGGCUCAUGUUUCGUGACUGGUUGUCGUGUCCAUGAUCUUGUGCUUGAUAUGAUAUGUCUAUUGUCAAAUGAAGAGAAUUUUGUUAGGGUAUGGGAUGUUAAUGAUCAAAGGAUAUCUUGCCAAAGUAAUGCUCGUAGGUUAGCCAUCCGAAAGAUAGUCUUGGAGCAGGAUGACUCUCUGGCUAACAUGUGCACCCCACAAUUGAGGUCAUUCAGUGCCAUCGGAUGUGAUAUUCAUGUGAUGCCAUCACUUACAAGUUUUGGAGCUUUACGUGUCCUAGAUAUGGAAGAUUGUAGUUCUGCUGGAGAUGGUAGUUAUCAUUUGGACCAUCUUGGGAGUUUACUCCAUUUGAGGUACCUGGGAUUGCAGAGGAUGCCAAUAGAUAAGCUACCAGAAGAAAUAGGGAAUCUGAAGUUUUUGCAGACACUGAACUUGAUGUACACUGGGAAUGGGAUAAAAGAAUUGCCACAAAGUUUUGGUCUGUUAAGGCAACUCAAGCGCUUGCAUUUUAAAGUCGCUGAAGGAAUAGUUGGGAUGCAUUUGCUGGGGAACCUAACAUCAUUGGAAGAUCUACGGUUGAGAUUUGACACUUGGUCUCCUGAGUUUGUAGUAGAGCUGCGCAAGCUGACGAUGCUGAGGAAUCUCAACCUUGUCAUUGUCUCUCACAAAGGCAUGGAUGAUAGCCAGGUGAAAGCUCUGGUGAAGUCUCUUGGCAAACUGAAAGAGAUCCAAAUUCUGUACAUUUACUUUGGGGGUUAUGUGAGUAUUGGACCCCAAGGGUGGGAAGGUUAUGUACCACCUCGACAGCUCCGUGAAUUCUCGAUAAGAACGGAGAAGGACAUGUUGCUGGCGUGGAUAAACCCGUCACUUGUUCCGAACCUCACCAGAUUAUGGUUCAAUCUGAAGGAAGUGAAGGCACGGGAUAUGGAGAUCCUUGGGAGUUUUCCAGAGCUCGUUACUCUACGGUUGACUGAUCCGUUUCCGGGGUUGAUCAGCGAGUCGCGGGACUUUCUCCCAGACGUCCUGGGGAGGUUAUUCCCCAAGUUGAGGUACUUCCGUACACCUGCACCGCUGAGGUUUCUGGAGGGAGCGAUGCCGAGCCUUGAAUCCCUUGAUUACUGUUAUCUCGAAGUGGAUCAGUUGAAGCGUGACAACAACUUUGUGUUUGAGUUUGGUAGCUGGAAAAACCUCCGUUCACUCCAGAAAGUGGAAGUUCGUUUCCGUUCAGGUGCAGCUCAAGAGAAGAAGGAUGAAGCUGUGGUUGCGCUGGAGCUCGCAGCCAACCAACAUCCCAACCGUCCUAACCUUACAGUCAUGGGGAAUUACCGAGUGCAGCAGAAGCUAAUUAACUAAUUGUCGUCAAGACAAUUAAUGUAGUGCUCCUAUCUAUACUACACUUCAUUUCCAAGCAAGCUCCUCCUCAAUCGAUCUUCGCUUCAACUAUUAUCUGUCUGCACCAGCAGCUGAUGAAUGGCGGGCACCAAGAGCUUCGACCACUACUUAAUCGAUGCACCUGAAUUUUUUUCUUUUUUUUCUUCCAAGCUCUGGGAUUGUAAUAAGCUACCAGCUUUGAUUCUUUACGCGGCAAUGCUAUCAGGUUUUCGUCCCAUGGUUCAGUAAAAACGUAUGCGAGCAGUGGGUUUCCUGAUAGUGCGCAAAACACAUUACCCCUUUCCCUUUUGCUGCUUGACAGUUUAUUGUUUUUGCAAUGGAUCAUUCCCAGGAGUACACUUCGAUAUUUCUUC